AUGUCUUCUACUCUGGUACCCGACAUCAAUUGGAGCACAUGGGUCGAUCCUCUAUACACUAGCCCCCAUGACCCAAGCCCUUAUCGCCGGUCCUGGUGUGAGGGGGAUUCUAAUGCCUUCAACGCAUUCCGGAAAGCACGACACCCUUGGGAUCUUGUGGAUUAUCACCUUUAUCUUAUUGCGACCGAAGUACAGUACCGGAACUGGGAGGUGCGGAUAUCAAAUAGCCGGUUGAUCGAAAGCGAUGGGUCGCGGUGGGAUAACUUUGGAUACGCCAUCGACUCGGACGACCAUGAUUGUCAGACAGGAUGGAAAGACCCUCUCGUGAUAUUUGCUUCACUUCUCAUUCCACAUGCAACCGAUUGCCCAGAUCGCAGGAUCGUGCUGGCCGUCAACCUUCGCACCCAUCACCUUGUCGGCUAUUUGUUUGAGUCUGCGCCUGAAAGCAUCGCUGAGCUGGGAUCGGUAUGGGAUCAGAGGGAGCUGAUUAUUGAUCUGGAACUUAAGAGAUUCGUCCAAAUUGUCAAGUACAGUACCAAUGAGAACCAAACUAUUGUGACGAAAGGCAUUUUCAACCACUUCUGCGAGAGCAACCGACAUCUCCACGUUGGUAUGGAUGCGGUCAUCGCCAUCAAAUACAUCCAAUUCCUCCGCGAUGCAAUCAGGGGUGCAAACCUCAGCACUCUCGGCAAUAGGGAUGAAGAAUCAUCCAAUUUGUUCGAUAUGGAGGAGCAUCUUCGCGACCUGCUAUGCCGAGGAUCGGCCAGAGGCUGGAUGAGUUCUCACGGGGGGAUAACAAUGGAGGAGAUCCGGAAAUGCAUACCGGCGAAAAAUUCCACCUCUGAUACCUUCAGCGAUCAACUCAUUCAACCUCAUAUUAUUGACGAUGAGAAGCGAGUACGGCGUAAGUCGUGGGCGCCGAUGAAGCCGAAUAAGUCGUUACUGAUGCGGUACGAGGUAGAUCUUCCUCAGUCAGGACUGACUGCGUUGAACAAUAUCAGGCAAUCGACAUCCGACAUGGUUAUUUUGUUGGAAUUUUUCGGAAUCGAGUGCUCGAGUCUUGCUAAGGACGAGGAGGAUUGUGAGAUUGCGCCGUUGGUCGAGAGGAUGAUCCAGAGACGAUGCAGUGAUACGCGGCGAGGUUUGCUCGAUGGAAAACCGAAGUUGGAUUAUUGA